CGUAGCAGCCCCGCCGGGCCGGGAGGCGAUCGCCAUGGAAACCCCGGCCCCGCCCCUGCCCCCCCGGGUGCCGCCGGGAGCGCGGCCGGAGCUGCCGGGUCCCUCCUCCGCGGGCAGCGCCAGGUAGAGCGCGGGGCGGGGGCCGCUCGGGCCGGGCGGGAGGAGCCGCGAGGGGCGGCGGGCGGAGCGCAGGCCGGGCUCGUUCCGCUGCCCCGCCGCAGCCCGGCCCGGAUCCCACCCGGCGCCGGUGCCCCCAGCCAUCCGCUCUCGGACCCCGGCAGCGCCCUUCGGGAGCGAAGCGGGGCCGGGCUCGCCUCAGCCCGCCAGGGCGGGGCUUGUUCGUCGUCCCCGAUCCUGGCGGAGAGGCCCUUACGUGUUGCCAUGGCCGAGGGGGCCGCGGCGGCCCCGGCGUGCUUCAGCGAGGAUGAUUUUUACUGCCCGGUGUGCCAGGAGGUGUUCAAAACGCCCGUGAGGACCGCCAACUGCCAGCACGUGUUUUGCAGGAAGUGCUUCUUGACGGCUAUAAGAGAAAGUGGAACACAUUGUCCUCUCUGCCGGGGGAGCGUGACUAAAAAAGAAAGAACGUAUCCCAAAAGGGCUCUAGAUGUUGAAAACAGUAUGAAGAAAGCUUCUGGGGGCUGUAGAUGCUGUGAGAAGCAGGUUAGAUUUUCAUGGAUGAGACAGCAUUAUAAAACAUGUAAGAAGUAUCAGGAUGAAUAUGGUGUUUCUUCAAUUAUGCCAAACUUACAGAUUUCCCAAGAUGCAACAGGGAACAGCAGGAGUGAUGCAAUAUCUGAUACUAGUGAGAUGGCUAAUAAUCAAAUACUUCAAGGAGAAACAAGUGGACACCCAACCUUCAAAUGCCCCCUGUGUCAGGAAGCCAAUUUUACCAGACAGCGCUUGCUGGAUCACUGUAAUAAUAGACAUCUUUAUCAGAUCGUUCCUGUGAUCUGCCCUAUUUGUGUAUCUCUUCCAUGGGCAGAUACUAACCAGGUUACUAGAAAUCUUGUUAGCCAUCUGAAUCUAAGACACCGGUUUGACUACGGAGAAUUUGUGAAUCUUCAGCUUGAUGAAGAAGCCCAAUACCAAAAUGCAGUUCAAGAGUCCUGUCAUGUGAACUUUUAGAGCCCCCUUCAUCUUCAUACUGAUUAUCUGAGAGAAAAAUUAAUUUGUUCUGUUGGCAAUCCGAAGGGUAUAUUAAUAAAAAUGUUUUUCAGUACCCACUUUUUGGGCUGAGCCUCUUUUCACACUCAUAAAUGAUCUUGACUGAGUUCUGCCCCUGUGGAAUUAGGGACAUUUCUGGAACUUCUCAUUCUUGUCUUGAUUUUCUCUUAACUUUUACUACUGUGUUAAUUACAUGUUCAUAUGAUUAAUGUAGGAUGUUUUAAUUCACCAAAGCCAACUUUGAAAGUAUCUUUAGAAAGACAUGCAGUGAUGCUCUGUUGCACUGUUGGGUUUCUUCAAGUUCAGCUGUCUUCUAAGGUAUCUUAUGAGAUGAUAAUUUAUUUUUUGUCUCUUCCUGCCGAGGCCAGGCAUUUGUCCUGCCAAGGACUAAUUUUGUUUGAUGUUGUGAUUUGUUUUUUACUAUUGCUAUGUGACUGAAAAUAACAACAGCUUAAAAUAUUUAAAAAAUUCUUUUCUACUGAUCAACAAUGCAGAACAAAGCUGUUUUUCACCUUUCAUUGAGAAAGAAUGAUGCCAUUGCCUAGGAAUAACUACAUCUAUUUUUCCUCUUUAGGAAUAACUAAAAUAGGAUGCUUGCUUACUAAUGUGAUGAAGUGUAUUCUCUGUACUCCUAAGGAAGGCUACAUAUUUUCUGAGCAAUUUAAGAUGACAUGCAAAAGGUAUACUUUUUUGGCCUGUGACCAGGUCUUACUGGAGCUUUUUAAGAACUUCUAGUUUUGCAUUUGGAAUUGAAGUUUUAGUCUGUCUUGUCUUUCAUUGAAGGCUGUGUAGCUAAAUAACUAAACUGGCUUCACACCAACAGAAACUUUAUUUUUGUAAAGCUGUUUAAAACUUGUACAUCUCCUGCAUCCAAAGGCUUCAAAAAAUUCUUGAGAAGAAAAAAACUUACUCUAAAAUAGUGACCAACAUAUUUUAAGAGUUCCUGUUCUAGAUUUCCACCUUCCCACAGGAACAUCAUUAAAAUUGGAGAAAAUAGUAAUAAUGCAAUAUUCAAUUUAAAUGGAAAAUCUAUUUGUAAAAACUUUGGGAUCUUUUAUAUAAUACUAAAAGGGAGAAGGGAAAAGAAGGCUGCACAGCAUACAUUUUGGAGUUUUAAAUCGAGAGUGUUCUGAACAUACACCUGUUUGGACUGACUGUGUUUCUAUCACCCAUUGUCAAUCUGUUGUUAUUAAUGAGCAUUGCAUAUAUGGUGGAAAACAUCCCCAGUAAUUUUUUUAGUCCAGAUGGUGAUAUAUGUGUUGUAGUAUCAGUUGUGCAGCCAAAGUACAGUCUGCUUCUUGUGCCCUGCCUCCCUGUUCCUCUCCAAACAGAGGUUUUGAUUAUUCUUUAAAUGCUGAGAUAUUACAUAUUCCAAAACUGGUAAGGUCAAAAUGCCUCAUUUUACAAUGUAAUGCGUUUCAGAACUGAAAGUUCUAAUUUAUUGAGUGUUGGAACUAACCCACUAUACAUUUUAACUUGCCUUUUCUAUCUUAGAGAUUUUUUUAGUAUAAAAUGUUACUGAAGGCAUUGCUGGCUAAAAUUCAGAUAAAGUUGUCUAUUUCAGAUAUAGCUGUCUAUUUCAAAAACCUUGUCUGAAGCUGAUACACUUUUUAUAACUACUUUUUUGCAUUUUGUUACUGUCUCAAUACAGUAUUUUGACAGCAGACCACACUUGGAACUUGUAUUCCAAUUUCCUUGUUUGCCCCCAUAUACGUCUGUGUAUUCUCACUUGUCUGUCAGCUCUAGAGCUUGAGUGACCACAUACUGAUUUGGAGUGGUUCCCUGAGCCAACAGAAGAAAAUGUAGAUUUUUACUUUUGCUCAGUAAAGCCAACUAUUAAACAGUGCCCUUAUACAGCAAAGAACAUCAAGGUACCUGAUGAUGAAGUUUUACCUUUUUAAAAUAAAACCACAUACUAUGGUGAUUUAUUACUGCAUACAUUUCCUAAGGAGUUUAACAGUUAGAUGUAAGUCUAGUUAACUUUUUUAGAUUCAACAAAAUGUUUAUAUGAUCUGGCAAUAAAUGCCUACAGCCAAUACAGAUUCUGAAUGCCUCAUGGACGCUGGAACUACUUAUUUGUAUUACUUGAAUAUAUCUUGGGAAUUACGAGUGAAAUGACAUCUGUUAUAAAACUCUGGGAAACAAAUGUUUUCUAUAGCAAUAAUUAGUUGUCACUUGAUGCAUAGUUGCUGAGCAUUUUAGUCAUGUUUAAAUGUUGAGAGACUUGAAUACACAUUUUAAAGCAACGUGUGUAUUAAUGCAAUAUUAAAAAAACCUUUCAAAAUGCUUAUCCUCUUUAUUUAAAAUCUGUAUUGGCAGGUGCUGCCUUGCUUAAGAUUUUGUACUUUUAAUAUUAAGAGAUUGCAUCCAAUACAUUCACUAGGUAAACGUUUAAUGAAAAUUAAAUUAUUUGAAUAUGUUGCUGCUGGUCAUGAUCUUUCUCACUGAAACUCAGACACGCGCAAAAAGCUGUGUAUUUGUGAUGGGUGAUGCCCAAAAUAUGACAUCUUUACUAAAAGAUUGCUUCUUAAAAAUGUUUUCAUGUUCAUGUUGCAUUAUGUAUGGUUUCAAUAUGUUAUGUUUGAAUUGUACGUUCUGGGUUUUUUCCUAUUAAAGUAUUUUAUUUUCUAUUUGUCUUUUUGUUGCAUAAUAAAGAUGAUCAGUUCCCUUGGUGCUA